AUGUCGCUCAGUCUGUUUGACGUGCCCGAUGUGGAUUAUCGGUACGAAGCCUCGCGGGACGUGGAGUUUCAACCCGCCUUGACGGGCAUCCAACCCAUCACCUUCUCCAUUCCAGGCUCCGACGAUUAUUACGAUACCAAUUCCCUCCGUUUCAAAGUCAAAGUGCGCCUGACUGAUCCAGCCGCUGGGUACAAUGGGUUGGUGGCCAAUUUGGCCAACUCCGAUGCCAACAAUUCCAGAAACACCUACUGCGUCAACAAUUUCGGUCACACCAUCUUUCGAGAUAUCACCAUGAGCAUGAAUGGCGUCCUCAUGACCGAACAGAGCAACACCUACCAUUACAGAGCCUACCUAGAAACCCUGCUGAAUUACAACCGAGAAGAAGGAGCCACCAAGUUAGCCCCCCAAGGAUGGGUCAAUCAGCUCAAUGUGAUUCCCGUCAUGGGAGCCACAGGAGCCAAUUCAGAUGUCCCCACUGCUGCGGAUUGGAGUGGCAAUACAGAAUUGAGAGCCCUGACCAGCAAGUUACUGGGUGAAGAUUGGCACACCUUCAUCAUUCGUCCCCAUUUGCCACCCCUCAAGACAGGCAAAUUGUUGGUCCCCAAUGUCCAGAUGGACUUUGAACUCUUCCUGAACCCCAACUCCGUCUACCUGAUGGGUACCCCUAACAAAGGCACCUUGAAUGCCAAGAAAUUUCCAGCCAUUCACAAUGACGACAUCAAAGUCACCUUGCUGAUGAGAAAAGUGACCUUGAAUGCUGGCGUCUAUGUCAGACUGCAGAAAGAAAGACAGCUAAACAAACAGAUUGCCAGCUACCCCGUCGUACGAAGUGAAAUUCGCACGUUUUCCUUUGAUGGGCGUACCACCCAGUGGGAACAAGACAAUGUGUUUGUGGGUCGAUUUCCUGAUCGAGUGAUCGUCGGGUUAUUGCAUUCCAACACCUUCAAUGGAGACCUGCAAAGAUACCCUUUUGCCUUUCAAAAGUUUGGUAUCACCCAAGUACGACAGACCUUGAAUGGAGAAGAAUACCCUUACAGAACCCUGCAAUUGACUGGAGACCAAGACUAUGAAGAUUUGCUGGGCUACGAUCGAUUUCUACAAGCCAUGGGUGCUUACAAUGAAGAUAAGAUCCCUAUGCUGCUGCCUGGUGAUUGGGGACAAGGCAAGAAUUGCACGUUGUUCAUGUUCAACAAUGUGCCCAGUGGAAAAGCAGAUGACCCCCAGUACCGUAACCCCCGUCAAUCGGGUAAUACGCGACUGGUGAUUGAUUUUGCCGCGGCUGUGGGUCAUAACAUCACCAUCUUAGUAUGGAGCGAAUAUGAAAACAUGUACUAUAUCAAUCAUCUGGGAGGUAUAAAAUACAACAUCAACGGUUGA